UCAAAAUGUCUACAAUUUACUAUUUCAUUGGAUUUUUAUUGUUUGCCACGCAUGCCUGGAGUUAUGGAUAUGGUCAGGGAUAUGGAACUAGCCAUUAUAAUCCCUUUUCGCCAUGCGGUUAUUAUAUACGCUGUCAGCCUGCCCAUGAGGAGGAUAAAGUCUGUGCCGUUGGCUAUUCACACAUGAAUGACCGGAGAUAUCUAAGAAACUUUGGAAGUGAAUGUGAGGCGCGUUACUACAGUUGCGUGGACCAAAUAAAAUGGGAUGUCAUUUAUAAUGGUGAAUGUAACGAUUGUCCUCAAUCAUGUACGGAUGACUAUACUCCUGUUUGUGCGGCCAUCGGUCCAACGAGACGAACAUUCCCAAAUUACUGUCAUCUUUUACAUGCAAUUUGCCACACCGAAUAUCCGUGGAAACUGGAGCAUUUGAGCACUUGUGAGAGUAAGUUGCCUGCUGCAUACUCACCAAAGGGCCCUUACGUUUAUCAAGAGCCUGCCUGGGAUCCCUAUGCAAUAAAUCCACCUCCAUCACUAAUGGAGCAACAAAGAGGACCAUAUAACUGGCAGCCCUCUCCGUACGCAUACGGAUAUCCACAGCCGAUCGAAAGCCAGUCAUCUUAUGCAACUCCCCAGCGACAAUCCUACAACCCUACAUAUAAUAAUACCACACCCACAUAUCAGACAAACACUACAAGUACGACAUCGCCAGCUACCACAACAACAACAACACAACCCUCUACAACAUCGACUACGACAACGCCAGCGCCAACAACGAAUAGCACGACCACAGUAGCUCCAGUAAAUACUACAGCUACAACAACGGAGUCUACCAAAGUCACUCCUUUGCGAAAAUUUGUGGAAAAUAUAGCAAGGGUAAUAAAUGUCACAACCGACAAACCUGAUCCCAGCAGUGUUUCAAGUACUUACCCAACACUAACAACUGCAACAACGCAGUCCUUCGAAAACACAACCGCAACUAAAGCACCAUCAGUUCAGCGAUUUUCUGCAAAUGUAGAACUACCAGCUAAGGCGAUAGCGAAGCCUGAUACAACAGUUGAACCUGAUACUACCGUAUACUCCACAUCGUACGCUACCACUCCUGUUUACAAUACGACCACAGAAGCUCCGGCGAACACCACAACCGUAAAGAAUGCCGUAUUGGCCACUCGGUUUGUGGAAAAUGUAGAACUACCAGCUAAGGCGAUAGCGAAGACUGAUACAACAGUUGAACCUGAUACUACCGUAUACUCCACAUCGUACGCUACCACUCCUGUUUACAAUACGACCACAGAAGCUCCGGCGAACACCACAACCGUAAAGAAUGCCGUAUUGGCCACUCGGUUUGUGGAAAAUGUAGAACUACCAGCUAAGGCGAUAGCGAAGACUGAUACAACAGUUGAACCUGAUACUACCGUAUACUCCACAUCGUACGCUACCACUCCUGUUUACAAUACGACCACAGAAGCUCCGGCGAACACCACAACCGUAAAGAAUGCCGUAUUGGCCACUCGGUUUGUGGAAAAUGUAGAACUACCAGCUAAGGCGAUAGCGAAGACUGAUACAACAGUUGAACCUGAUACUACCGUAUACUCCACAUCGUACGCUACCACUCCUGUUUACAAUACGACCACAGAAGCUCCGGCGAACACCACAACCGUAAAGAAUGCCGUAUUGGCCACUCGGUUUGUGGAAAAUGUAGAACUACCAGCUAAGGCGAUAGCGAAGACUGAUACAACAGUUGAACCUGAUACUACCGUAUACUCCACAUCGUACGCUACCACUCCUGUUUACAAUACGACCACAGAAGCUCCGGCGAACACCACAACCGUAAAGAAUGCCGUAUUGGCCACUCGGUUUGUGGAAAAUGUAGAACUACCAGCUAAGGCGAUAGCGAAGACUGAUACAACAGUUGAACCUGAUACUACCGUAUACUCCACAUCGUACGCUACCACUCCUGUUUACAAUACGACCACAGAAGCUCCGGCGAACACCACAACCGUAAAGAAUGCCGUAUUGGCCACUCGGUUUGUGGAAAAUGUAGAACUACCAGCUAAGGCGAUAGCGAAGACUGAUACAACAGUUGAACCUGAUACUACCGUAUACUCCACAUCGUACGCUACCACUCCUGUUUACAAUACGACCACAGAAGCUCCGGCGAACACCACAACCGUAAAGAAUGCCGUAUUGGCCACUCGGUUUGUGGAAAAUGUAGAACUACCAGCUAAGGCGAUAGCGAAGACUGAUACAACAGUUGAACCUGAUACUACCGUAUACUCCACAUCGUACGCUACCACUCCUGUUUACAAUACGACCACAGAAGCUCCGGCGAACACCACAACCGUAAAGAAUGCCGUAUUGGCCACUCGGUUUGUGGAAAAUGUAGAACUACCAGCUAAGGCGAUAGCGAAGACUGAUACAACAGUUGAACCUGAUACUACCGUAUACUCCACAUCGUACGCUACCACUCCUGUUUACAAUACGACCACAGAAGCUCCGGCGAACACCACAACCGUAAAGAAUGCCGUAUUGGCCACUCGGUUUGUGGAAAAUGUAGAACUACCAGCUAAGGCGAUAGCGAAGACUGAUACAACAGUUGAACCUGAUACUACCGUAUACUCCACAUCGUACGCUACCACUCCUGUUUACAAUACGACCACAGAAGCUCCGGCGAACACCACAACCGUAAAGAAUGCCGUAUUGGCCACUCGGUUUGUGGAAAAUGUAGAACUACCAGCUAAGGCGAUAGCGAAGACUGAUACAACAGUUGAACCUGAUACUACCGUAUACUCCACAUCGUACGCUACCACUCCUGUUUACAAUACGACCACAGAAGCUCCGGCGAACACCACAACCGUAAAGAAUGCCGUAUUGGCCACUCGGUUUGUGGAAAAUGUAGAACUACCAGCUAAGGCGAUAGCGAAGACUGAUACAACAGUUGAACCUGAUACUACCGUAUACUCCACAUCGUACGCUACCACUCCUGUUUACAAUACGACCACAGAAGCUCCGGCGAACACCACAACCGUAAAGAAUGCCGUAUUGGCCACUCGGUUUGUGGAAAAUGUAGAACUACCAGCUAAGGCGAUAGCGAAGACUGAUACAACAGUUGAACCUGAUACUACCGUAUACUCCACAUCGUACGCUACCACUCCUGUUUACAAUACGACCACAGAAGCUCCGGCGAACACCACAACCGCAAAGAAUGCCGUAUUAGCCACUCGGUUUGUGGCAAAUGUAGAACUACCCGCUAACACAGCGGAUAAUGCGACUACGAAUGCCUUACAGGCUGACUUUGCGCCUAAAAUCUCAUCUACAGACGUUGGCUCGCCAGGUACAACUGACGGGAGUGCCCCCAACAACACGGUUAUAAGUGUGGAUGUUCCUGGAAAGGAUGGCACCAAGCGAGUUCGUGUCCACAAUAUAGAUAAGAGCAAUGUGUACUUUGUUUUCCUUUCCUAGGCAAUUCACUCGAUAGUAAUAGAAUAAGAACAUUAUUUUUGUUUAAUAUUCUGCUGCAUUAACAAGUGUUUAAAGUUGUAUUAAUUCUAUAAAUGUAAGCGUAUUUAGUUCAAUAAAAACGAUUAACUUUCCGCA